CUCAAGCACUCCUUGUUUGCCGGGGUCGAAACAGCAAACCAGCCAAUUAAUCAGCAAAAUAAAGGUCCAGUGCAAUCAAAGGUUUAACAUGGCGCUCCGUUUUGGGCAGCACCUCAUCAAGCCCUCAGUUGUGUUUCUGAAGACCGAGCUAUCUUUUGCACUGGUGAACAGGAAGCCGGUGGUCCCGGGACAUGUUCUCAUUUGCCCGCUGCGUGCCGUGGAACGUUUCCGUGACCUGUUGCCUGAAGAAGUGGCCGAUUUAUUUCACACCACACAACUGGUUGGAAAUGUGGUGGAGCAACAUUUUGGUGGAACGUCACUCACCAUUUCAGUUCAGGAUGGUCCUGAAGCUGGGCAGACUGUGAAGCAUGUCCAUGUUCACAUACUCCCAAGGAAGGCUGGAGAUUUCAGCAAGAAUGACAACAUCUACGAUGAACUCCAGCGUCAUGACAAAGAGGCGGAGGAUUCCCCCAGCAAGUGGAGAUCUGAGGACGAAAUGGCAGCAGAAGCAGCAAGCCUCAAGAAGUAUUUUCAGUGAAACAGGAGAAUUGUUGAGAAGUAUCCCAUGAGGCUUUGGCACACAGGUUCCAGCAUCAGGGCAUUUAGCAUCAGAACAGGAGAGCAAACCGGC